CGCGCGGAGACAAAAAUGCACCUGCGAUCUAAACAAUGUGGAAUUAAUAAAGGGCCGCAGCAGGAGAGCGCAGAAGAACCGUCGCCUCCGCUGCGCCGCCGCACGUGGGGCGACAGAUGUAAACAAACGGCCACCAUGGACAAGUCUCAGGAGAUGAGUGAAGUUAAACAAGAAGAGGAUGAAAAUACUCUACAGUUUCAUGAAAUGGGCCUCGACGACAGGAUUCUGGAGGCAAUUGCAAGGCUGAGAUGGGGUGAGCCAACUUUGAUUCAGGAGAAGGCCAUUCCAUAUGUGCUCGAGGGGAAGGAUGUCCUUGCUAAGGCUCGCACUGGCUCUGGCAAGACAGGGGCUUUCGUCAUACCAACAAUUCACAAGAUUUUGGAGUGGAAGCGUUCAGCCACAGAACAGAUGGUACAAGCUAUUAUGCUUGCUCCAAGCAAAGAACUAUGCAAGCAGAUCAAAGAAAACCUGACUCAGUUAACCACAUUGUGCAAACGAGAAGUUCGCUUCAUAGAUGUGUCUCCCACAGUCCCACUUGAGGCUCAACGUCCCCUUCUUGUUGAUAAGCCUGACAUCGUGAUUGGAACUCCUAUGAGAAUUCUUGCCCACCUGAAUGAAGGGAACCUUAUGGUCAAGGAUUCUCUGAAGAUGCUGGUAAUUGACGAGGCUGACCUCAUGUUCGCUUUUGACCAUGUGAAAGAAAUUCAGGAAAUACUGAAGAAAUUCCCAAAGAUCUUCCAGUCAUUUGUAACGAGUGCAACCAUGUUUGAUGAUGUGAAGAAGCUGAAGACCCUCAUCCUGCACAAUCCUGUCAUUCUGCGGCUGGAGGAGCCGCCCUUGCCAACUGCGGAACAACUCACGCAGUAUGUCAUUAAGCUGUCUGCAUUUGAUAAGGUUGUCCUUGUCAAUGCACUCUUCCGUCUGAAUAUGAUCCGUGGCAAGACCAUCAUCUUUGUCAAUAGUGUCGACAAGGGAUACAGGCUGAGAAUGUACCUGGCUCACUUUGACAUCAGCUCAUGUGUAUUGAACUCAGAAAUGCCUGUCGCCUCCCGAUGCCACAUCAUAGAGCAGUUCAAUAGUGGCAAGUACGACAUUAUCAUUGCCUCAGAUGAGCACAAUUUAGAAGCAUCAGCAGCAGGAACGAGCCAGGGUGGGACAAGUAAAAGGCAACGCAACAAAGACAAGGAAUCAGGAGUUUCAAGAGGCAUUGACUUCCAGUUUGUGUCUAACAUCAUCAACUUUGACUUUCCCCUGAAUGUGGACAGCUACAUCCACCGAGUAGGCAGGACAGCCCGAGGUACCAACCAAGGAACAGCCUUAUCUCUUGUGGCUAAGGCUGAUGAAGACCGGUUCAAGGAGGUCGAGACCAGGCUCAAGGCUCUCAUGCCUGACACUGGCCCUAUAUUUAAAGACUUCAAGUUCGACAUCACACAGCUGGAUGGCUUUAGGUAGGUGUUGUGUCUGAUUG